UCUCAUCUUUGCCAGAUUAGAAAAAUUAUUAGUCUGUCAUGCCUCAAGCGCUGAGAAAUAACAUAACUUUAACAUCUAACAAAUGUAGCUCCCUAAUCUAGCUGCCUUUAUUUUUCUUUAUUCUUUGCAGCAGCAUCCUGUUAUAAUACCCAGCCACACACUGGGAGCUCGCUCUCUCUCUCUCUCUCUCUCUCUCUCAGUAUCUGUCUCCUCCUCUCAGUAACAUCAGCAGCAGUGUGUGUUCAGCAUCCUACGGACCCGCACCGCUCACUUUCCAUCGAGGCUGACUUUACUCCCGCGAAACACAUUAUUAAAACCACAGAAUAAAACAAAACGCUCUACAGAAAUCUAAAGGCACUUGUGGCUCGACAGAAGAGCAGCUUCAGACGUUUGACUCGCUCUUUUUUCGGUCCUCGCAGGUUGUUUUUUUUUUUGACCAGUCCAGACCUCAGACCGGACUUCUCCCGUUGACUCUCGCAAGGCAAAAUGGGGAAACAGAACAGCAAGCUGACCCCUGAAGUGAUGGAAGACCUGGUGAAGAACACAGAGUUUAACGAACAUGAGCUGAAGCAGUGGUACAAGGGUUUCCUGAAGGACUGUCCCACCGGCCGACUCAACCUGGAGGAGUUCCAGCAACUCUAUGUCAAGUUCUUCCCUUAUGGCGACGCGUCCAAGUUCGCCCAGCACGCCUUUAGGACCUUCGACAAGAACAGUGAUGGCACCAUCGACUUCAGAGAGUUCAUCUGUGCGUUGUCCAUCACAUCACGAGGCAGCUUCGAGCAGAAACUCAACUGGGCCUUCAACAUGUACGACCUGGAUGGAGAUGGCAAGAUCACACGGGUGGAGAUGCUGGAGAUCAUCGAGGCUAUCUACAAGAUGGUGGGCACAGUGAUCAUGAUGAAAAUGAACGAGGACGGCCUGACGCCCGAGCAGAGGGUGGACAGGAUCUUCUCCAAGAUGGAUAAGAACAACGACGACCAGAUCUCGCUGGAGGAGUUCAAAGAGGCGGCCAAGAGCGACCCGUCCAUCGUAUUACUGCUGCAGUGUGACCUCCAGAAAUAGGCCAGAGGGCGAGCGAAGCGCUCCACCAGUCGCCAAGGACUGCACAGAAAGAAUUUCAUGUUCCAUUCAGUUUGCAGCUAUUUCCACUGAAAAAAAAAUGCUUGGACUACCUUUCAAUGGAUCUGCUUCUUGUGUUUGAAACACUCGUGUGCAUGAGAAUGUUAUUUGCUAUAAAAAGAUCUACACACAACAUACAACAGUGUGCAGGUGCACACUCACACCAUACACACACACACACACACACACACACACACACACACACCUCUAACUACAUAUGAACACCUCGCACAAAUACUAUAUAUAGAUAUAUAAAUAUGAAUAUAUAUUUAAAUUAUUUAAUGAUCAACUGCCAAAAUGUGAAGUGUGCAAAGUAUUUUCCAUACAGUUUCAUUCGACUGGAGCUUGCACAUCAGUGAUGUGCUAUGUUGAAUUUGCCGCUACUCUAUUUAUUGUUCCAAGUUUACUGACGCUAGCUGUACGUGUUUCACAAUACUGAGUAAUGUCAACUGAACCAAAUUCCUAUGAUAAUGUAUCUGCCUCCAAUAAAACAUUCUAUCCACCAUCUCGAAUAUUAGCUCUAGAAGAGAUGGUUAGCGUUUGUCCAACUUUUCCUUCCAAAACAUGCUUGUAAUGUCAGUAAAAAAAAUGUAAAUGUAGUUAAUUUGCAUGCCUUUAGGUUCUGCCUUAAAAAACUCCUCAUUUUGCAUCCUGUAAUCGAAGACAGAAAGCCUUAUCAAAGCGGCGUGGUGACACUGAAUAGGGAGCAAAAAUCAUAUAGCAGUAGGUCCUUCUACAAGUAUCGUCAUAUGGGAUGUGAUUUUUGUGAUCUGUCGAGACGUUUUUUUUUGUUUGCUUUAACUGUCGGAGCAUGUUGUAGAUUAGCUGUAGUAUAUGUUGCUAAGAACUAAAUCCCAGCCCCUGUGCAUUCAAACACACUAUUUCAAUACAAAUUAUCAGAUACUGAAUGUGGAGGAAUCCAUCAUUUUAAACAAGUAUCAGACAUAAAUUGUUUUUGAAUUUUUGAAGCAAACAGACUGGAGGCAAGUGAGAUCAAACAUUUACAUUAGGUUUCCCUGGAGAAUGAAUGGAGCUUCCCCUAGCUGGAGUUAAAUUAGAUUAGAAAGAAGAACUAAUUAUUCAUCUAUAGUUGGAGAGCAUUGUUGUCAAACUAAGUUAUAAUCUGUGUGUCACCAUCACAGCCACUUUUUUCCAAUUAGCCUACAGGUUGCAUAUCAAUGCGAUGAAUUCAGAGGAGUUUCUUUAGACUCGUUAACGAGGAGAAGAAAUAAGGCAGCAUUUUAACUUUAUUGUUUGUCUUUUUCAGUGGAAGUACAUGAGUGCAAAAGUAGUGAGAGGAGCAGUGAAUGGUGUUUCAUUAUACACUGUAACUACUAGAGGACAGUCCUUACUGUAAAGACAUGUGUUUAGUGGGUUGGACAAUUCGACCUCCCCAACCCUCAAAGUAUUUCUCUCUUAAAAAUAUGUCAAUCUUUUUGUACUUUUUUACUCCCCCCAUCACACAUUGUACACAUACUGAUGCAUACUAAAUGUAGAGAAGUUCAGCGAAGUGUGAAACCUCCUAAACAUGAUUUGGAAAUAACAUCUAAUCCUGAUUGCAUCUUAAAAUAGGUUUCCCUGGCCCUGUCUGAGGCACAGCAGACACUUUCCAACUUGCAUUAAUACUACCAAUGUUUUAAGAGCUAAAGGAGGCUAAAGAAGAUGUGUUAUCUCAUACUAAACUGUAUUUCAAUAAAGAUCUAGCAUACCAGUCAGUCAUCUCUCAACAGUGUGGCUUUUCCCCUGUCAGUUUGUAAUCUGAACUUCUUUACAUGAAAAUCUUUGGCCAGAUAAUGUUUCUAAUACUAACUCUGUUAUUACUAUUAAUGCUAUCAAGAUACCAAAUGUAAGCAAAGGCAACCGUGUACAAGGAUUCUUUUGUAGCAUGUAUUGUGUCCCUGACAACAUGGCUGCACUACUCCCUGUGUUGUGAUUUAAUCUAAUAAAAGGAACUCUAUGGGA